CGCUUCAUCUUUCAGGAAUCACAACUUGCUGGUGCUUCGACUUGACUGCUCUCGCAAUACCGGCCGCCAAGUCUGUAAGGAGUUCAGCCAAGAUGGCGCCUCAGCUGUCGUGGAUCGGGCUGGGCAACAUGGGGAGGGGGAUGGUGAAGAACCUGGUGGAGAAGGGCAACCUGGAGAAGCCCCUCCUCCUCUACAACCGCACGAAAAAGCGCGCGGAGGAGCUAGCGGCUACGCUGCCAGCGGGGAAGGCCGAAGCCGUCGAUUCGAUCGAGGAGGCCGUCAAGAAGGCUGAUAUCAUCUUUGUCAUGGUGUCCAACGACACCGCGGCGCAGGACGUCUUCGAUACCAUCCUCGAGGGCGACGUCGCCGGCAAGCUGUUCGUCGAAUGCUCCACGCUCCACCCGGACACGACUGAGAAGAUUGCCAAGUCGGCGACGGACAAAGGGGCCGAAUUUGUGGCCAGCCCCGUCUUCGGCGCGCCGGCGGCGGCCGUGGCGGGCCAGCUCAUCUUCGUUCCCGCGGGGCCCAAGUCGGCGAUCGACAAGCUGCGGCCGUACAUCCAGGGCGUGAUGGGGAGGGCGGAGAUCGCGUUCGAGGACGCGGCGUACGGGCAGGCGCUGAAGCUGAAGCUGCUGGGCAACAGCCUGAUCCUCAACAUGGUGACGUCGCUGGCGGAGGGCCACGCGGCGGCGGACAAGACGGGCGUCGGGCCGGCGCCGUUCCGGCAGCUCGUCGACCUGCUCUUCGGCGGCAUCUACGGCCUCUACUCGGAGCGCAUGGUCGCCGGCACCUACUGGAAGAUGGCCGAGCCGCUCUUCUCCGCCAACAACGCGCGCAAGGACGCCGCCCACAUGGCCGACGUCGCGCGCGCCGCCGGCGCCGAGCUCCGGUUCGUCGCUGUCGCCGACGAAUACCUCCGGGACGUCGCCGACCACGCCGGCGGCGACAAGGGCGACAUCGCCGGCAUAUACGGCGCCGCGAGGAAGAGGGCCGGGCUGAAGUUCGAGAACGACGCGUGAAUAGCCGUGUCGUGUAGGUAUAUGGGGGUACCUAGGUCUAUCGCAAAGAGGACGAGAUAGAUAGGUAGAUCACUAGUGUUUUUUUAAGGAUAGGGUGGAUGAAACCCAGUAGCAAUGUUGUUUGAGGCUCUGAAUCCCAGGGGGUCUCUCACCUCAGCGAAAGUGAAAUGCGUGCUUGCUUGUUA